AUGAACAUCUGCGCCCUGUUCGAUCACCUGCAGUACAGUACAGCCCAGCCAGCCAGCCACGCAAACUGGUAUGCUGAUGAACCAUCCUGUGGAGGAGAAGCUUGCGUGGUCAUGUAUCACCAGCCUACAGCUCUCGCUGGGCCUGGUGGGCCAUAUCUUUACCAGUGGAAUGAUGACAGGUGCAAUAUGAAGCACAAUUUCAUCUGCAAGUAUGAACCAGAAAGUUACCUGGUAAAAGUGCAGAGCGACACGCCUGGAGGGCCUGAUGUUGAUCUUUCCUCAGAAGAACAAGAGGAGAGGAGAACAUCUCCUGUCGACCAGGAUGAGAACCCCCAACUUGUAAUGCCAGGGCACUCAAGUAUGCUGCUAAUCUAUGUGAUUAUCCCUACCAUCCCUUUCCUCUUGCUGAUCCUGGUAGCUUCAGGAACGUGCUGUUUCCAGAUGUUGAGCAAGAGUAAACCACGGACCAAAACGAACGUUAACCAAUCAACUCUCUGGAUCUCCAAGACGCCAAAGAUAGACAGUGGCAUGGAAGUUUAAAGAAUCAUCUCUACGAUUCAAACAGCUCCCUUUUUUCUGGCUUUGUCUUCUAUGUUGCUUGAUCAGCAACAUUCUCGCCCGGUGGUUAGUUUAGUGUGUGAUUUAAUAUACUAGCUAAAAUGUGCAGCACCGGCAGAGCAGUUACACACAUAUCGCAUUUCUGUACAUAUGUUGUGCUCUCACAAAUUACUGAAGUCUAUGAGUUUUCCGUUCACUCCCAUGACCUUCGUCUCCAUUUCAUGUUUCUAGUCAGAUAGUCUGACCUGAAUCUACUGCUGCUUAUGGAGGGUGAAUACUAAUUGGCACCAAACACAGUGAGCAAUUAAAUUACUGUAAUUAAAGCAAGUACAAGUGGGAACCACAUAAAAAGAGGAAUUAAGACAUAGGCGGAGCGUGGCCACGGGGACUUGGGGCAAAAAU